AUCAAUUUCGAAACCCCCUCAGUUCAACCUUUCCCAAGGCAAUAUUUAUUGCACACACACUGUUUGUUUAUUUUACCAAGUCAAAUUUUUGUGUGCAUGCCACACACUUUCGCGUGUUUUCAUGAUGAAUGAAGAGGAAUCAUCCAGAUAUCUUGAAUAUAUGCCACUUUACAAGACCUUCUAUUCGCUUACAGACAGAAGAAUCGCUUACAGACAGAAGAAAAAUAGAACCUGUCUCUCUUUGAUUUGUGUUUUCUAGCAUUUGUAGUCUCGAAGUUGAGAAUAAGUAAGCUAAUAUGGAUCCUGAAGAGAGGCGGCUAUGUGCAGAUUCAUCAUUUCUUGAUAAUGGAAUGAGGAUUGAACAAAAAAUCUCUGAUUUUAAUCCAGCAGCUGAAAUUCAAUCUUCCCUUGCUUGUGAUUUCAAUAACCAAACAGGAAUCACCAGUCAAAAAGAUUAUCAGAUGAAUGUGGCUCAAGAAUCGAACAGAAUUCAAGAUUGGGAUCCAAGAAAUACUCUAAGCAGUCUUUCGUUCCUCGAGAAGAAGAUUCAUCAGCUUCGGGAUUUGAUACAGCUUAUUACUGGCCAAAGAGGUCAAUUUAGGGGUGAAUCAGAUAAACUCUUGUUUCAGCAACAGAUGCUUAUCACUGCUGAUCUAACUUCGAUUAUAGUUCAAGUAAUGUCAACAGCCGGGAGUCUUCUUCCGUCUGUGGAUUGUAGUCAUGUAGCGAAUCCAUCGGCCGGAGUUUCUCAAAAUGUUGUGCUCCCGGAGAAUUUCAGUUUGAACAAGGUGGAAGAUCUAUCAGGUAAUGAAAAUUGCGCGGUUGAAGAUCAUGAACUGAAAAGCGAUGAUGAUCCCGAUGAGGGAGAAAACUUACCUCCUGGUUCGUAUGAAAUUUUGCAACUCGAGAAGGAUGAAAUCCUUGCGCUGCACACCCAUUUUUGCAUGAUAUGUGGAAAAGGCUUUAAACGAGAUGCUAAUCUACGUAUGCACAUGAGAGGCCACGGGGACGAGUACAAAAGUUCGGCAGCUCUUGCAAAGCCGAAUAAGGAAUCCGGCUUUGAGUCAAUUCUUGUGAAGAGGUAUUCGUGUCCUUUUGUUGGCUGCAAGCGGAACAAGGAUCAUAAGCGUUUUCAGCCUCUCAAGACAAUCUUGUGUAUGAAAAACCAUUACAGGAGGACGCAUUGCGACAAAACUUAUAUGUGCAGUCAAUGCAAUGUGAAGAAAUUCUCAGUCAUAGCUGAUCUCAAAACUCACGAAAAGCAUUGUGGCAAAGAUAAAUGGCUGUGCUCUUGUGGUACAACCUUCUCAAGGAAAGACAAACUUUUCGGCCAUAUCACACUUUUCCAAGGCCAUACUCCGGCUAUUCCUGUGGAUGAUGCUAAAACUUCGACCGUGACAUCUGAUCAAGGACAAAUUAGUGAAAAAACGACCAAAAUUGAAUCAAGCGAUUUCAACUUUAAGUCGAAUGUUAUGGAAGUAAAAGGGUCUGGAAAUGAUCCUAUAAGCUGUUUCUCACCUUUAGACUUUGGUGAGAGUAAUGCAGGUGAGUUUCAUGAAUUUCCUCAACCACCGUUUGAAGAUUCUGAAAGUUCGUUCUCUUUUCUAUUUUCUGGUUCAUGUGAUUACCCUUCGAAGACUGGAAGAUAUUGAGGCUCAGUUAAUCUCGACUAAGAUCACCGUUUAACUUGAUCCUUCGUGUUAAGAGCAUUGUACGAACUAGUUUCUUGGCAUAAAAUAAAAUUGUUUUAUUUCAUCGUGUGGUGUUCUAGUACAGUUUCUUUUAUAGAUGGAAAUUCUACAAAUUCUACCUAGUUGCCAUCAUUUAUCGCUGCUUUGUUUACUAUAAUGAAAAUCAUAAGUUCGUGGA